AUUAGUCCUUGGAGAGAACAUGUCUUUUGUCUCCUAAACCUCCUUUAUUUAUCAUCAUUAUUAUCACUAAUCCUAUUUUUAUUCCAUUCACAGCGAAGAAGAAGAAGCAAAGAGUUCGUUAUAUAGAAAGACAAUACAACCUCAGAUAAGAGCAAACCAUAGAAGAAAAUGUCUUAUCAAGAUCAACACCAUCCCGUUGGUGCUCCUCCUCCUCAAGGGUAUCCUCCUAAGGAAGGUUAUCCACCACAAGGAUAUCCUCCGGCAGGAUAUCCUCAAGGGGGAUAUCCUCCGGCGGGUUAUCCUCCACCGGGUCAGGGAUAUCCAGCACAAGGCUAUCCUCCACCGCAAUAUCCUCAAGGUCAUCCACCGCAGUAUCCUUAUCAAGGUCCUCCACCGCCCCACUAUGGUCAGGAUCCACAUAAGAAGAAGAAAGACAAGGAUUCAGGCUUUAUGGAAGGAUGUUUGGCUAUGCUCUGUUGUUGUUGUCUCUUGGAAGCUUGCUUUUGAUCGGAGGAUGAGCCGUUGACCGUCUGGAGGA